UAGCAAGGACAUCGUUAAAAGAAUCCAUGUGACAUCAGUGGUUCAUCCGUAAAUUUAUGAAACUAUGAGAAUACUUCUUGUGCAAAAAAAAAAGAACGACUUUACUCAACAAUUUGUCUCCUCCGUGUCACCCUAUAGCACUAUUUUGGAGAGUAUCACGACGCAUGGGCAUGAUUUGUUCUGAGCAUAACGCAUGCGUGUGUUGUUACUGAUGUAGAACACGCAUGUGCUGUGCCUUGUUUACAUUCAGAGCAUGUGUAUGUGUCGCGAUAAGAUGGAUUUUGUUGCUGCUGAAUUUAUUUGAUUAAUAACAGUCCUGUAGAGUUGUGUUAUUCUAAUUGAAUUUAUUGAUUAAAUGUGGGAAAUUGACACUAAAGGUGAUGAAUAUAUCUGAAAUCAACAGAGCUGCUGUAAUCUUCUCCACAUUUAAUUGUGCAUUUGGGAGAUUCAGAGACAGACUGAAGCUGGACAAUCAAACCGGAUCUCUGACCAUCACAAACAUCACAACUGAACACACUGGACAUUAUAAACUAGAGAUAACUGGAGGAAAACUGUCAUCAAAAGCAUUCAGAGUUUCUGUCUAUGCUCGUCUGUCGGUUCCUGUCAUCAGCAGUAACUCUUCAAACUGUUCUUUAUCAUUAUAUUGUUCAUUGGUGUGUUCAGUGGUGAAUGUGGGUCAUGUGAGUCUCUCCUGGUACAAAGGAAACAGUUUAUUGUCCAGCAUCAGUGUGUCUGAUCUCAGCAUCAGUCUCUCUCUACCUCUGGAGGUGGAAUAUCAGGAGAAAAACAGCUACAGCUGUGUGCUCAACAAUCCCAUCAGCAGCCAGACUCAACAUCUGGACAUCACUCAACUCUGUCUCACAUGUUCAGACUCUGUCCACUGCUGUGGUUCUACUGAAGCUGUGAUCCAAUUGGUCGUCACUGCUCUGGUGGGUGUGGCUGCUGCCGUGGUUCUGGUUUAUAACAUCAGAUCCAGAAGAGCCGAACAGGGUGUUUGA